AUGGGGUCUGUGAUGUUUGCAGAAUUCAUCCUUCGACCACCCUCCCACUUCCAUCCCCUCAAAGCAGACAUCAGCUAUCAUGCAGACUUCAACCAUCAUCCCCUUCUUCCUCCUUCUCGCCUCCUCCUCCGCCCUCGUCCUCCCCCGCCAGGCUCCAUCCACCGCCGCCACAGCUGGUGGAGGCCCUCCCAACGGUCCUCCCCCCUCGGCAUCUCCCCCGGCGCCAUAGCCAACUUCUCCGGCGUCAACUUCCUCGAGAACCUGGAGUCGGCCUUCUUCCUCGAAGGGCUGCACAACCUCACCAAGUGGAACACGGACCACCGACACGACCACGCCAUCGACGUCGUCACGCGCGUGCAGGCGCAGGAGCUCAUCCACGUGCAAACGGCCGAGGGGAUACUGAAAGCGAACGGCGCGCCCACUUUCACGCCGUGCAAAUACACAUUCCCCGUCGGCAACGCGGACGAAUUCUACGCGCUGGCAAACAUCAUCACCUCCGUCGGCCUCGGCGCCGUCGUCGACGUCGUCGCGAGCCUCGCCCUCACGGACCCCGGGACGGUGCAAGGCCCCGCCUCCAUCCUGGCGAUCGAGGCCCGCCACGACGCCUUCUUCCGCCAGCGCUCCGUCAGCGACGUGCCCAACCCGGCCCCCUUCGACACCCGCAUCUCCGCCGCCUACGCCCUCAACCUCGCGGCGCCCUUCAUCGUCAAAGGCUCCUGCGCCGCCACGCCCGCUUUCCCCGUCAUCCCGGCCUUGACGGCAAAGGUCACCGGCAAGACGACCGGGAGCGGCGGACCGAUCAAGUUCGUCUUCGACACGACGGCUGUAAGCAAGAAAGAUCUGAGCAAGGGGUUGUACAUCGGCUGGGUGAACCAGGCGAACGUGGUCGACUACCAGCGCGCUACCGUUGACGGGGAGGGCGUGGUUACGAAACACAAAGGCGGAUGUCAACAGCUUGACUGCGGUGACGAUAGCGGGGCCGGCGCCGGUGCAGAUUUCUUGAAUCGAGAGCGAACUCCACGCAAGCACCAUCUUCACCUUCUCCUUGCUCUCCGCCCCGCCCCGCCCCACGCGCAGCCGACGCCGCGCGAGGACACCUACCGGAGCCUGCACGCUGGCCGUCGCGAUGAUGGCCGACCUGUGCGAUUACGCGUCGAUCGGGGACGCGGGGUUGAACGUGCGGGACGGGUGUUUGAGUAG